AUGCGCAGAUGGUCGCAAUACCUUCUGCUGAUUGCACUGCCACGCGCAGCUGUCGCAGUUCCCGACGAGCAGGACCUGUCGGCUUGCCGAGCAUUUGAGGCUGAGGAGCAGGGCUGUUCUGAAGAAGCUCUCUUCGCGCUGCAGCAACAUGCAAGGAAGCGAUCUGGGCGCUUCACGCUGGACUUCCACUUGCAGAAGACUGUGACACUGACAGGUAUUCAUAACGGGUUUUUCGAUGACGUGAUCAACAGCAUCAGGGACGCCUAUGAGCACGUCAAGGACUGCCUCGAUGAAAGCCUUCUGAUGCGCUUUGCGAUGUGGAUUCGGUUCGUUGUGGACACGGAUCGGUGUAACUACGAAGCUUCGGUGAACUCGGGCAGCGCGCACCUCACCGUGUCCGCAUGUGGACACAUGCCGCUGACGGGGACUCUUUUUCGCGGUCCUGGCAUACAGUACGACAACAACGGCUUUACCCUCUCCUCGUGCGCACUUGGAGUAGCUUGUGCUGAUCUGCGCUUUGAGAACAAGGCUGCAGACUGCCAGUUCGACGUCUGGGACAUCAAAGUAAAGGCAAGAACAGAGAACUUUGCAGACAUCUCAACGACAUGGGUGACGGUUCUCUCAAACGUGACCCUACAUGAAUAG